UGCCAGCAGCAGAGCGUGUCUAGAAAGUCAUAAUCUAGAUCAGAUAUUCCGCAGGGGGUAAAUAUUUGGUCUGCAUUUGUAUUUUGGUUCCCAAUCCUAAUCUGUGCAAAUGUAUCGUUUGUUUUGCUAACCGCACUUAAGUGUUACUAAUAUGGCAAGAUGUAAAAUAGUAACGCGGCUGUAGUUUACAUGGAAGAGAUGGCUGACCCAUCUACAGUCAUGAUUCUUUGACAGUCGUUCCUGUAUUGUUUUGAUAGGAAAACCCAUUUGCUGCUGUUCGACUCCCAUCCACAUUUUCUAAGUGUGCAAGAAAAGGUGAGAGUUGUAACAGGAUGACUAAUGGCUGCUUCACCAUGACAACGUGCCUGCUCACAACACCUUGAGCAUCCAACAGUUCCUGACCGAGAAGAACAUCACCAUGUUUGGAGCAACCUUCCUAACUACCUGCGAUUUAUUUAUUUAUUUGCUCUUCCCCCCCCAAGCUCAAGGGGGUCACCAGAGGGACCCGUUUUGAAAAUGUGUACAGCAGAUUUGCCAAGAUGGCCCUGACAACAGAGCUGCGAAGAAUCCUGGAAGAAUCCAUAAAAGUGCAUAGAAGCAUGGCAGAGAAGGCUAGGAAAGUGGGUUAGACUGCGUGAAGGGAUUAUUUCAAAAGUAAAAAUUUGUAGUUUGGAUUGAAAAUAUCUUUUGUGACAGCAAUGCUGGAACCUUUAUGACACAUCUCGUAGAUAGUAGUGAUGGACGAGUGCAGAUACCAGUUAUCUGUAUCAGACCGAUACCGGCCUUAUUUCAAGGCAUUACAUACUGGUGAAGGCUGCCGAUACCAGCCACCGAUACUUAAGGCAAGAAAAUAUUAUGUGGAGUAAGUCCUCCUUGCCAGUUGUUGGCGCUACACUGCGGUGGUUUGACACAUCAGUGAAUCAUACGUCAUAAAGUGAGUCAGCGUUCACAAUUAUGUGUAUUGUGUUAAUUGAAAGUUUAUAUAUUAAAAGUACUAGUGGUACCGGUACUCUGUAGCAGUAUCGGUGAGUACUUGAGUGAAUACUCAUACUGGUAUCUGUCUGGAAAAAAGUGGCAUCGAACAUUCCUACUUACUAGAUGGUUCAUUUCAGAAAUUUGGUAUGACACACUAUGCUCUAUAUGAAUAAAAUACAUAUCCAAAAAAAAAGUAGUAUAGAAAACACUGACAUUCUUCCCCUUUAAUUUUUUUCAACAUGCUAAAACCGAUCAAUCCUUCAUUGCAUGUCAAGAUACGUGAAGCAAUUCCCUCAGGCCGUAGUUUGGACACCGCUGUGUUAAAUUAAUGUGAAUAUAAUGACCUAUAAAUAGAGUAAGUCUUGACUUUCAUUCAGGCAUCAUGAAAAAAUGUUGGGAGAGGAACCCUUACUGGACUUCCCCCACCCAAAAGGAAUAUUUGUAGAGAAUUGUCUCAUUCCUCUUGACUUUAUUUCCCACAGUGUUUAUUGGCUGGGGGCAGAAAUGCUGUCCAGGAUGUUGACACUCACUUCCUGUGCAAGUGACGUGGACGGUUCAAAGUUUAAAAGGAUGUCGGAUUGUUACUGUCUGCGGAGCUUAGUCUGUGCCCACACAAGUACUCAAUAAUAUUUGUACUAUAUAAUUCAGAAGUUGAUUUUCUUUUUUUUUUCUGAAGAUGGGAAAUGUGGCUGGCUUGAAGGAGUUUGCUUGUAAUCGCCCUUUUAUCAGGAUGAAAAAUAAAUGUCAAAGUUUGGCUUAUCUGGGUCCCCCAGAUGGUGCAGGCUUUACUGUGACAAAUGUUUCCAGAUGAUUUCAAAAAUAUGGAUGAGCAGCAAUCGUCUCCUGCAGCCAAUUCGGAGAACGCUAGCCAGAGAAAUGGAGAUGAGAAGACGAGACGUGCCAACUGGACCAAAGGCAGGAAGCGGAAGAAGCCCAUGAAGGACAGGAACGCGCCCAAAGCACCGCUAACGGGCUAUGUUCGCUUCAUGAACGACAGGCGCGAGCAGCUGAGGGCCGAACGUCCGGACGUGCCCUUUCCGGAAAUCACCAGGAUGCUGGGCAACGAGUGGAGCAAGCUCCCCCCUGAGGAGAAACAGCAAUACUUGGAUGAGGCGGACCGUGACAAGGAGCGCUACAUGCGGGAGCUGGAGAAGUACCAGAAGACGGAGGCAUACAAGCAUUUCACCAGGAAGGUCCAAGAGAAGCAGAAGGGCAAGCGACAUAGAGGCGAUGUCGGGAACCAGGCGGCCAACGAGGCUCUGCACGAGAAAGAUGCAGAGGGGAAGGACAGAACCGUGUUUGACAUCCCCAUCUUCACAGAGGAGUUCCUCAACCACAGCAAAGCUCGCGAGGCCGAGAUGCGGCAGCUGCGCAAGACCAACAUGGAGUACGAGGAGCGUAACGCCGCGCUCCAAAAGCAUGUGGAGAGCAUGCGCUGCGCUGUGGAGCGCCUGGAGGGCGACGUUAUGCAAGAGAGGGGGCGCAACAGCCUACUCCAUCAGCACCUGGACACACUGCGACAGGCGCUCGCCUCCAGCUUCUCCUCUGUGCCUCUGCCAGGCAGCGGAGAGAUGCCCACCCUUGACUCCAUCGACUCAUACAUGAAGAAGCUGCACAGCAUCAUCAUGAGCAACCCGCCGGAACACGACAGCCUCAUCAACACUGUGAGAGACCUGGUCAACCGUUUGGACAGAUAAUUGCUGCACGGCCGAGUGGGAGAGAAGCACGUCAGCAUUGAACCUUACAGCCAAGCUCUCCCAAAAAUGAACAUUUAAUACUCUGCGAAGGUGAUGAUGAUGUAACGCCACAUAUUUAUUUCUCCUUUUUUAAUAUUCAUUUUCCAAGGUGUUAUUUCAUGGAUCUAGCCAGAGUUUUGUCACUUGUCAGUGAAACACUCAAAUGUUGUGAAACAAUAACCAACAUCCAACAAAUGUGUCCCCAGAGGGGAACGUGUGUUUGUAUUCUUAAAAAAAAAAAAAAGUAAUAAUACUUAGUGGUUUAUAUUUUGUAAUGCUCUGUUGAAGAAUGUGCCAUUUAUUUUCUGUAUGUGUGUUUGUACAAAAAAAGUGGUUGUGUUUUCAAUAAACGUAAGAAAGAG